AUGGCUUCUUCAAAAAGGCCCAAUACGGAUGUCGAGCACAACAAGGUCACAUUGGGUCGAUCGAAAAUUCGCAGAGGAAAGGACGGGAAGGCGCUUGUGGACGCCAUUCGCAAUAAUGUACUAUUGUUUCUACAAAACCUCAGCGAUGAAGAGGCGCAGAACUAUUCACAGAAAAAAUUCGAAAGCACCCUCUCAAGUGCAGUCGCAGGAGCGCUCGACCCGGGUGUGGGACCCGAGGCGGUCGUCGACCUCAGGGAACACGGCUACGACAACACGAUCCUGUAUGCCAACAGACAAGGAGGACAGCUGAUGGCAUCGCUCCUGAAUCUGAUCGAUGACAAUGCGGAGGGUCUGCUCGCCAAGAUGCGGCAAAACCUGGAUGACCAGACGUCGAGAGCGGACCAGGUCGAGCAGACGCUUGCUUACCUCCAAGGACUGAUCCCCAUUAGCCCAGCCGGGCAGAGCCAUCUGUCCAUGGACAUCGAAGCACUCGAAGAACCAGGCGCGAAUUCUGGCUGGAUGUACGGUGUACUGUGGGCAGCGGUCAUGCAGUGGAUGGACGCGAGGCUCAGACAGAUGAGAAUGUAUGGACAAGCAACUGGUAGAGGCCCGAAGGAGCCGCCGAGUCUAGAUGAACGCACCAAGAUGAUCAACACACGUGUGCAUGGGGGAGACCUGCGUGUCGAUGCGAUUAUUUGUAACAUCAGCUUUGGUGACCACCGGCACGCCGACCCUCAUUACCAGGGAUUUUUCAAGGACGCUUUCGUGGAGAUGUACCAGCUGAAGGUAGACGACGGAUACUGGUUGGCGAAGCGUGGGGACGAGACCAGUCAGGGAGUUGACUGGCCUCACAUCAUAGGCAUUAUGAAUAAAUACGUCGCUGUGAUGGAUUCCCUGAUACUUCUCGCUAAAAAGCUGCCCGUUGACUUGAACUUGGUCCAUAAAGACCAAUACAAACCCUAUGCAGCUCACGUCACAAGCCUCAUCACGCAGGCAAGGAAUAGCGAGACUUGGCAAGCAAACGGAGCAGCGCUGCAAAUCCUUGACACACGUGAAAAAGCAGUGAUCAAUAUGCUCAAGAAAUGCACAGUCAAGAAAAAUCCGACGAACCAAUGGGACCUGCACAAAACCCCACUGACAAACUGGCCACCGGCGGCCUACUUGAGAGACGCGGCCGGUCCACAGCAAAGGACUGCCGGCACGGCUGGCGCGCCGAUGACGCUUCGGACUCAGCCGAGAGUCAAGUAUGGGCCCUGA